UCCUCAAGAGGCAGGCAGUGACGAAACCCACGUGACACAGAUACAGGAAAUGAAUUGCACCGUCUGGCUAAACCGUCUGUUCCUGCUCCGUUUUCGUUUUAAAACGAGAUACCGGUGUAAACAGAACUUGACAGUUUGUUAAAAAAAAACUAAUUACUACGGAGGAAUAACAGCUAUGGCCAAAAGUAGGUCGAGAGAUUUCCUUGUUUGGACCGACGACGAGGUGGAACUGUUACUGAAAGUAACACAGGAGUAUAAGGAGGACAGGGCGGCAGUAAACGUAGAUUGGGAGUCAUUGCAAACGAAAUAUGGCGACAUUUUUGAGCGGUAUCAGGAGAAUUAUCCAUCUCCGGAGGAAGCCAAGGCAAUGGGAAAGGAGUACCCACACAGCAAGAAUGAAAUCACAAAAGUUCAAUUGGCUACCAAAAUUAAGGCCAUACGGAUCCGAUACAGGCAAGCAAUUAAUUCAGGUAGAAGAAAUGGCCAUGGGCGGGUAAUCCUGCUCUUUUUUGAGCUCUGUCGGUCCAUUUGGGGAGGAACUCUUGCUACUCAUGCAAUAUCCCAGGAUAUCAAGACAGAUGACGAUAUGGCGGUAGAGACCGUGAAAUCGAUCGGCAGCUCGCCUGAUGCUGGGUUGUCGUCCAUGCUGGGUGGGGAUGGAGUUGCAGAGGAUGCCAUGUCUGCAGAGAUUGUGGGAAGUCAACACCAGAGACUCGAUGCUACCCCUAGUGGCUUCAGGAGAAAGAAACUCAAAAGAAAACUGUCCACGGAUUCCAUUGCAGAGGAUGAUCUGGACAUUCAGAGGCGGCUUCUUCGACGAUUAGAAGCAAACCACGAAGAGUUCAUGCAGAAAAUGGACCGGUGGUCAUCUAUGAUGGACCGUAUGAACUCCAAUAUUGAGCUGCUGGUGCAGCACAUUGUGGGUUCAGGUGCCACUGACAAGACUCCACGUUACAUAUGGGAUGCUAAAAAUGGGGAAGUGUCUUUGGUGCAUGAAUGUAGGUGUGGUAACUAAAUAUUAUUUUGAUUAAUCUGUUGAGAAUCUUGUCUAUAAAAUGUCCCAAACAAAUUUUAAAUGCUCAUUACAAAUUUCUAGAGCCUAAUUUAGAUGUGUUUUGUCCACCUAACAGUCCAAAACCCAAAGAUAUUCAAUCCCUAAAGAAAAUUAGGAAAUCACUACACCUGAGAAGCUGGGAACAGUAAAUAUUUGGCUUUCCACUCAAUAAAUGACAAUUAAUACAUUUUCAUUACAGCACUAUUUAUUUGUAACAUAGAAAGAAAACAGUUAAAUUUUUUUUUUUAUGCCUAUGUCAGAAUUGAUAGGGGGGAGAAAAAGAUGGGGAAUAACUUGCAAGAAAGGACUUAAACAGUGGACGUUUCAGGUAAUGAUUAGCGUCUCAAAUACUUGGGACACCGAGUGCCACUCAAAUAAAUGUUCCUGUAAUCAGUUCCAGUUUAUUGUAGGUCAGGUGCUUGAUAUCUGCUCUGCGAUAACCUCACAGAUAAUAAACCCACUCAUAAAAUAA